GUAAUGGCGAGAGCAGUUAUGUGUGACACGUUACCGCACGUUUGCACACGAAGGGGAAAAGGUGCGGUGGAAACAGGAGCACUUUGUUUUUGCUCUGGCGGCCUCGCUCCAUCCAGUGCUUUAGUGCCGAGCCCUCUAAAUUGAUGCCUCCCGCCUUGUAACAGUAUGUCAUGCGCGUAACUUUGGAUCUGUGGUCGACAUUGUAAUGACACUAAUACGGUAUACUACACAGGUAGUCUGUCUGCUGUUUUUAGGAUAACUAUUACGAGCUACCCGGACAAACUCUACACACUCGUGAUGUUUACAACUAAAAGAACAUUUUUCCUGGUUGCGCGAGGAGCACAUGUUGCACUUUACGGAAGACACGCGGAGAAGUGCGCAAGGCAAAUAUCCCUGCAUGUUUGUACCGUCAUUUGUCUAAUUUGUUUUACUUUGCCACUGCUGUCGUUACAGCUUCUGCAGAUGUUAAUUGUGCCCGUCAAGAUCUAGCCGAUCUCUGCACCGUUGACAACAAUUAGCUGCAAGUGCUGAUUGCAGCUGGUUGGCUCAGUCCAGAAUCUGGCCUCACAAAUGCAAUGAGCCUAGCUGAAAGCAUCACCGCCAAAAUGGCAUGCCACACCCCUUCAAAGGUUGUUGGUCAGGUCGAUGUUGGCAUGCAGUGCAGCUUGCCUCUUGCUGACAAGUCUGUCGGUUGCUCGUUGAAACCAGGGAGCGAGUCUAGGAGCGUGCAGACUACGGAGGCUGUGGAACAGUUAAGCUCCACCUCAGCGUCGAGGCCCUGUAUUUCUCCAUCCAGUGCCAAACGUGACAACUCAAGGGAAGGAUGCCUCCACCGAUGUCACCUGUGUGACUAUGAGGUCGAUGAACUAUUUCUUCUGGAAGCACAUGCCAGUGUCCAUACUGCCAAGAAGCCGUUUGAGUGCCCUUCAUGUUCUCGGAGCUUCUCACGCAAGGAUCUCCUGAAUGCCCAUGUGGCCAACACACACACCGGCGAGAAGCCAUAUCAGUGCCCUUCAUGCUCUCACGGCUUCUCCUACAGAUCCCACUUAAACAAUCACCUGCGCAGCCACACUGGUGAGAAGCCAUAUCACUGCCCUUCAUGUUCUCGGAGCUUCUCACGCAAGGAUAGCCUGGAUACCCAUUUGAUCACCCACACCGGCGAGAAGCCAUAUCAGUGCACUUCAUGCUCUCGGGGCUUUCGUUACAAAUGCCGCUUAAUUGACCACAUGCGCAGCCACACAGGCGAGAGGCCUUAUCAGUGUCCUUCAUGCUCUCAGAGCUUCUUACAAAAGAGCACACUUAAUCAGCACCUGCGCAUCCACUCAGGCGAGAAGCCAUUUAAGUGCCCUUCAUGCUCUCGGGGCUUUGUUCACAAAAGCCGCUUAAUUCGUCACAUGCCCAGCCACUCGGGCGAGAAGCCAUAUCAGUGUCCUUCAUGCUCUCAGGGCUUCUCUCGAAAGAGCACCCUCAAUCAGCACCUGCGCAUCCACACAUGCGAGAAGCCAUUUGAGUGCCCUUCAUGCUCUCAGAGAUUCUUGGUAAAGGGCCAACUGGAUGCCCACCUGUACACCCACACAGGCGAGAAGCCAUAUCAGUGCGCUUCAUGCUCUCGGGGCUUUUUGCACAAAAGCCGCUUAAUUGUUCACAUGCGCAACCACACAGGCGAGAAGCCAUAUCAGUGUCCUUCAUGCUCUCGCAGCUUCCAACGAAAGGACGCCCUCAAACAGCACCUGCGCAUCCACACAGGCGAGAAGCCAUUUAAGUGCCCUACAUGCUCUCGGAGAUUCGUGUUAAAGGCCCAACUGGUAUCCCACCUGUACACCCACACCGGCUUGAAGCCAUAUCAGUGCCCUUCAUGCUCUCAGCGCUUCUCACGCAAGUGUCACAUGAAAGUCCAUAUGCGCACUCACACAGGCGAGAAACCAUAUCAAUGCCCUUCAUGCUCUAAGAGCUUCUCAUUCAAGUCCAGCCUCCAAAAACACAUGAAGCGGGAAGCCACUUCAGUGCCCACUCUGCCUUCAGAGGUUCUCGUUGCAGAAUGCCCUGAAGACACACCAGUGCCUUCAUCCAGAUGAGUGUCAAUAUAGUUUUACCCUCUGCUCCAGGUCCUCAUCACUUGAACAAACUUAAAAGAGCACAGCACCAUGAUACUGUAGGGUAGGUCAACAAUCUCUUUGAACAAGAGUCUCAAUAAAAAUCUACAUACGUGCAGCAUGUUACGUUGUGUUCUACAGCAUCAGGUAGCACAAGUGUCUCCACAUGCUCCUAAGCGGAAGCUUUCGCUCGGGCCCCACUCCGAUGCCGCCUAUAAGCGCAUGUAAAACGCAAUAAUGUUUUUCUGAGAUAACCAGUGGACCGAUUAUAAGGAAAUUUGUUACGUCUGAGAGAUAAGCUUGAAUUCUGGCGAUUGCUGGAAGCAGAUUUUUGAUUGAAGGCCUGAAUGUUAUAACAGGAAUUUACAAAGAUUUUUCAGCUUGAAAAAAAAAUUGAAGCAAUAUGUUUAUAAAUUUGUAGCUCUGCACCUGGAAUAGGUAUCGUAGUUCUGUAAGCUGUAUAUGAUAAUAAUCCAAAGUGUACAAAUUUGUUUUAUCAAUUUAUAUCUUUCAUGAAAUUGUCACAUUGUGUUCGGGGACUUUGCAAAUGUCAUCACCAUCAGCCUAUUUUAUGUCCAGUGUGGGUUGAAAGCCUCUCCCUGCAAUCUGCAAUUACCCCAUUCCUGCACCAACCGAUUCCAACUAGCGCUCGUGAAUUUCCUAAUUUCAUCGCUCCACCUAGCCUUUUACCAUAUUUGACUGCGUUUCGCUUCUCCUGGUACCCUUUCUGUAACCCUAAUGGUCCAACGGUUAUCUAACACAUUGCAUGACCUGCCUAGCUCCAUUUUUCCCUAUUAAUGUCAAUUAAAAUAUCGGCUAUCCCCAUUUGCUGUCUGGUCCAAACCGCUCUCUUUCUGUCUCCUAAUGUGAUGCCUAGCAUACUUCGUUACAUCGCUGUUUGUGCAGUUCUCAACUUGUUCUUAAGCUUCUUUGUGAAUGUCUAAGCCUCUGCAUUAUAUGUCAGCACCAGUAAAAUGCACCGAUUGUGCACCAUCCUUUUCAAUAAUAAUGGUAAGCUCCCAGUCAGGAGAUGACAAUGCUUUCUGUAUGCAAUCCAAUUCAUUUUUAUUAUUCUAUGAAUUUCCUUCUCAUGGUCAGGGUUCCCUGUAAUUAGUAGACCUAGGUAAAUGUACUCCUUCACGGAAUCUAGAGGCUGACUUGCGAUCCUGAACUCUUGUUCCCUUGCCCAUCUAUUCAUCAUUAUCUUUUUCUUCUUGCUUAAUAAUCUUCAACCACACUUUUACGUUCUCUCUGUUAAGGUUCUCAAUCAUUUUUUGUAACUCGUCUGCUGUGUUGCUGAAUAGAACAAUGUCAUCGACAAACGGAAGGUUGCUGAGAUAUUCGCCUUCUAUCCUUAAUCUUACGCCUUCCCAGUUUAAUAGCUUGAAUGCUUCUCCCAAGCACACAGUGGAGAGGUUGCUUCCCUUUCUGACUGCUUUCUUUAAAGGUAUCUUCCUACUUUUCUUGUGUAUAACUAAUGCAGCUGUAAAAUCUCUCUACAUAUUUUUCAAAAUAUUUACGUAUGCGGUUUGUACUCCUUGAUUACGUAAUGCCACUAUGACUGCUGGUAUCUGUACUGAAACAAAUGCUUUUCCGUAAUCUAUGAUAGCAAUACAGAGAGGCUUAUUGUACUCUGCAGAUUUCUCGAUUACCCGAAUAAUGACGUGGGCGUGAUCCAUUGCAGAGUACCCCUUCCUGAAGCCAGCCUGUUCCCUUGGUUGACUAAAGUCCAGUAGUCCCUUACUCUAUUGGAGAUUAUGUUGGUGAAUAUUUUAUGUAAUACUGGGAGUAAGCUCAUGGGCGUAUAACUUUUGAAUUCUUUAACGUCUCCCUUUAUGUGGAUUAGUAUAAUCUUUGCAUUCCUCCAGUUUUCUGGGACCCUUGCAGUCAAUAAACACUUUGUACAUACGUAGAGCUGCCAGUUUUCCAAGCAAUUAUGUCUCCUCCAUCUUUGAUUAAAUUGACUGUUGUUCCAUCUUCCUCUGCCGCGCUUCCUCGUUUCAUGUCUUGCGAGGCUCUUCUGACUUGAUUGCUAGUUAUAGGAUGAGUUUCCCAAUCCUGUUCAUUACUGUUUCAGUGGAGGUAUCCUGUCUCCUUUGGGUACUGUACGUGACCUUAUAGAAUUCCUUCACUGCUUUUACUAUACCUUUGAGAUUGCUGAUGAUAUUUACCCUGCUUAUAUUUUAGUGCAUACAUCUUGCUUUGUCCUAUGCCAAGUUUCUUUCUCACUGAUUUCAGGCUGCAUCCAUUUUUUAUGGAUUCUUCAGUCUUUCUCACAUUAUAGUUUCGAAUAGCAGUUAUUUUCGCCUUUUUGGUCAGUUUUGACAGUUCCUCGAAUUCUAUCUUAUCUCUUAAGUUGGACACUUUCAUUCUUUGUCGUUCCUUUAUUAGGUCCUCUGUUACUUCGGAGCGCUUCCCUGCUGAUCGCCUUGGUGCCUUGCCUCCCAUUUCAUUCGCUGCCUCAAUAGCCAGCCUAGUUAUAGUUUUCUUCAUUACCUCUAUGUCAUCUUCAUCUCUCUGUUCUAAAGCUGCAUAUUUGUUUGCAAGUACCAGCCUGAAUUUGUCUGCUUUUACCCUUACUGCCUCGUGGUUGACCUGCUUUUUCUUGACCAAUUUCCUAGAAUCUAUGCCGUAGUUGCCAAUUGCUUGUUCACCAGCCUGCUUUUUCCCCACUUUUGCAUUGAAGUCGCCCAUUACUUCAGUAUAUUGAGUUCGCACUUUUCUCAUCGCUAAUUGAACUUCUUCAUAAAACUGAUAUACUUCUUCAUUAUCGUGACUUGAUGUUGGAGUGUAGGCUUGUACUACCUUUAAUCUAUACCUCUUGUUAAGUUUGGUUAUGACCGCUGCUACCCCCAUUAUCAUUGAAAAGGAAAGUAUACAAUAAGGGCAUUUUACCAGUGCUGACAUAUGGGACAGAGACCUGGAGACUGACAAAGAAGUUUGAGAACAAGUUAAGGACCACACAAAGAGCGAUGGAACGAAGAAUGCUAGGCAUAACUUUUAAUAGAAAGAGAGCGGCUUGGAUAACGGGUACAGACGAUAUUCUAACAGACAUCAAGAGAAAAGAAUGGCGCUGGGCAGGUCAUAUAAUACGCAUAUCAGAUAACCGUUGAACUAUUGGGGUGACAGAAUGGGUACCAAGAGAACGGAAGGGCCGUAGAGGGCGGCAGAAGACUAGGUGGUGUGACGAAAUUAGGAAAUUUGCUGGUGCUAGUUGGAAUCGGUUGGCGCAGGGCAGGGGUAAUUGCAGAUCACAGGGAGAGGCCUUCGUCCUACAGUGGACAUAAAUAGGCUGAUGAUGAUGAUGAUGAUGAUGACUGCUUCCCUCAUUAUUGCUGUAGAAUUCGUCAAUGUUGCCCGCUAUGUCCUUAUGGAUUGGGAAUCCCACCUCGUAUUGCUUCUUUUCUGGGAUGACCUCUAUAGCAGAGGACGUGGCCGUUAUUCACCAAUGUAUAAGCUUCACCGGUUUUUCUAAUCUCUCUAAGGCCAAGGAUAUCCCAAAAAAUGGCAGAUAGUUCCUCAAAGAGUCCUGCUAUGCUAGCCUCACUGGACAGAGCUCGGCUGUUAAACGUUGACAGGGUGCCAGUAAUUAACUGCAUGGUUGAAAGCCUUGUUUAAUACAUCAAUUUUGUCUGCUUUAUAUGUCCUAUUCGAUGGAUUUUGCAGAACUUUGAUGUCAUUUUCAUUGCUGAAAUGUAAACUUGAUGGUUUUGUUUUCUGAAAAUUCGUAAUCUUCAUCAAUUUUUGUUAUGAGAUUGGUGGCCUAAAUAAAAAAUUCGCUACCAACA